CCCGACUGCAGCCUCCCGACUAAAAACCGCCACCAUCCAGCUGACCUCCGGGAAUAGCAUAUAUACGAGCAGAAAAAUACUGGUAUCUUCAAGACCCCAAGUCUUUGCAAAUACUCUCAUUUUCCCCCAAUGCCACGCCUUCUCUCUUCGCUGGGGAUUGUCGGAGUCGCACUGGUUCGCGCAUUGAUUAAUCCAAUACUCCCAGGCUUCAAUCCGGACCCUUCUAUACUGAGCGUAGGAUCGAAUUACUUUAUUGCUACGUCCACGUUCGAGUACUUUCCUGGUGUCCCCAUUUAUCACAGCACGAAUCUCGUAGACUGGGAGCUCAUUGGGCACGGAUUGACCAGACCAUUACAGCUGUCGCUUCUUGGCACACCAUCAGAUGCGGGCGUUUGGGCCCCAACUCUGAGAUUCCACAGAGGAGUAUAUUAUCUCGUGUGCACGACUAGAUAUGUCUACACUCCGGAAUUCAGGCUCUUCCCUCGAAGCUUCUACGUUUCCACAGAAGACAUAUCUUCAGGAGAAUGGAGUGAUCCGGUGUAUUUUGACUUUCUUGGAUAUGACGCAGAUCUGUUCUGGGAUACAAACGGUGAUGUAUAUGCUACAUGGACCGGAAUAAACAACGCCGUGGAUAAAAUCUACGGCAUCUACCAGAGCAAAAUUGAUCUCCUUACAGGAGAUUCUCUCACUGGUGAUAAACUCAUCUUCAACGGCACUCUUCCCAACGAUUCGACGUCUAGGCCUGAAGGUCCACAUGUAUAUUUGAUCAACGGAACUUACUACCUCAUGAUCGCAGAAGGCGGUACGGGUGUUCAUCAUCAAGCAACCAUCCAGCGUGGUCCGUCACCGUCAGGGCCUUGGGAAAAUAAUCCUAGCAACCCGAUCAUUUACAAUGGCGCUGACCUUUCACUGGCCGUGCAGUCUACUGGCCAUGCCGGUUUCAUGCAAGCAGCGGACGGAACCUGGUGGGGCUCUUGCCUGGGAACCGUACCACAGAGCGGGAACUUUAGCUACCAGCAACUCGGACGCCAGACCUUCUUGUUCCCCGUGACAUGGGAAGAAGGCUGGCCUGUAAUCAACGAAGGCCGGCCCCUGAGUCUUCAUAUGGGCGGUAUUCUGGAAGACAAGUCCCCGCUCUCUUCAUAUACCAAUGGCUUCACCUCGGCGAGUUUGGAUAAUUCGUUCUAUUUCGUCCGAAAUCCAUACAAGGCGUUUCACUCGCUCACUGCCCGGCCAGGGUAUCUCAGGUUGAAAGCAAAUGGCUACGCACUUGGCGACAGGGAUAGCGCGGCCAUCAUAACACGCAAGCAAACCUCUUACGAGGAAACGUUUGAGACAAUCCUCGAGUUCUUCCCCACCACUAAUUUGAUGGAGGCUGGGUUGAGUGUCUUCUACGGGGACAUGAUGCAUAACGAUAUCGGAAUUACUGGUGACGCUGUGGGGUCUGGGAAGAGGUACAUCGUGACGCGGACGCUGGUGCCUGCGCAACAAAUAGGGCCCUGGGGGUUGACUUUUUCCAAUAAUACAGCCACGACCACGAAUCACUACGAGCUUAAGACGACUGACCAGCCCGUACGGUUGAAGGUCAUAGCGACGUCGACAGAGUAUAUAUUGGGACACGCGGAAGGUAGAUGGGAAUCUUUCGAAUAUCUCGAGACGUUCAGUAGUGUGUAUAUGACGGUUCCGCCGACAGGAGCUUUCUUCUUUAAAGGAGCAUCCUUCGCACUUUGUAACACAGGAAAUGGAAGGUCUAGUUCAUCACCAGCAGAUUUUGGUUACUGGAAACAAAUACCGUCGAAUUAACCAAAAUGUAUGGAAUACAACGGUAAUAAAUUGUAAAGGUAUAUCAG